AUGGCUUCACAGCGCUUGACUACUGCAACCAACAUGGCCGGCUUGUCAGUGCUGAAGAGGGUGUGCAGUGUCGUUCUGUUUGUCUCGCAGUUGUAUGUGUUUUCCGGCCGUGGGUCUUUGAGCUUAGAGCAUUCCCAGCCGGUGGCUCAGUUGCUGAAGGAUGAGCUCCCAUCUUCUGCGGUUCCUCCGACCACCAGAGCAACAGACGUUCCAGAGAUACCGGAUUAUAUCUCCAAAUGCCCCAGCAAUGGGUUAUGCAGCAAAUUACCUUCAGCUUGUAUGACAUGCGCAACAAACCAUUCUUGCACUUACGGCAAACCUGUCAUAUUUGAAUGCAAAGCCAAAGAUCAGGUCAUCUGUUUUGAUGAUAACCAUCAGCGGCAGCAAUAUUUCACAAUCAACAUGACGUGUCAGUUUUGCUGGCAGCUUCCUCCCACCGAGUAUGUGUGCUCCAAUUCAACCAACUGCAUGACCGUCUCCUGCCCCAGGCAGCGGUACAGUGCCAAUUGCACAGUACGGGACCAUGUGCGAUGUUUGGGUAAUCGUGUUUUUCCAAAGAUGCUGUAUUGCAACUGGACAGGAGGUUACAAAUGGUCAACAGCCCUUGUUUUAAGCAUAACCCUUGGUGGGUUUGGAGCCGACCGCUUCUAUCUGGGACAGUGGCGAGAAGGACUUGGAAAACUGUUCAGUUUUGGAGGCCUGGGAAUAUGGACUUUGAUUGACGUCUUCCUAAUCAGUGUUGGAUAUGUUGGCCCUGCCGAUGGUUCUUUGUAUAUAUAAUACGUAACCCCACAUCCCUAAUAGAGAACUAUGAGCUCUCAUUUCUCAGAACAUUAAAUUUAGAUUUGUUCGGCUUGUAUAUUUUUUUAUGUACGGUAUCUGUACAUGAUCUACCUUUUCAUUAAGGUCAACUGUUAUAUAUAUAUUAUACUUUAACAAU